AUGGUAAAGUCAGAAGUAAAAGUAUUCCUGCAAAUCGAGCAGCAGGGUUAUGGUUAUACUGUUGGUGCUACCUAUAAGAAAGAAAACUGUUCAAAAUCACAAAAAUUUAAGAAGACGUUGUACCUUGACACGGUUGGAUCGUCCGACAAUUUAAAAGUAAAGGAAUAUCGGUGCUACGGACAUACUCUGAACAGUUACUUCCGAGAUAACAUCAAAUCAAUCAAGGAGGGGAACUUUGAAAAUAUAUCUGAUUCGACUAUUAAUUUUCGUUCACACCCUGAUGAUUUAAAAGACGUGGAAGUUAAACUAAAGGUGGCAAUAUGUAAGAUUAAAAUAAGCGUCUAUGAUAAAGAAGAUAGACUAUUGAGUAACUUGCCGUAUACAAGUGAUGAAUAUUUGCAGAACAGAAAUGUGUACGUCUACUUCUACAAUCCUGCUAAUGAAAAAACAGACACUCUUCCGCUUCUUUUUCAAUACAAAGACACAUUCUAUGGCCCAGAAUCUAGGGAAAAGUAUUUUGAAAAGUGGAAAGAAAUAAGUGAUUUGGAAGGAAUUAUUAACAGCCAAGUAAAUGUACAGUUAACUAACGAAAGCCAAGAAUUGAAAACACAAAAGGCGCAAAAGGCCGACAAAAUAAAAAAUAAGCUUGACGAAAUAUUUAAAAUGUUAAAUGAAGUGGAUUUGACUAAAAAAUGCGACUACGGAAUACCGUACUGCUCAAAAGAGUUUUUUGUCAGAGCUGAGUUCAACACCAAAAGGUUUGUGGUUAAGUUAUCUAAAAACAGCAAAUAUCAUAAGUUUACGCACACCUCCGUAAAUAAGUACUUAGUUGGGAGCAUCAAGGGCGUAGAAAAUUGCCAAUUUGACGAUCAUGUUAAAAAAAUUGCUAAUAAGGAUGCCAUUAAUGAAGUCGUAGUCUAUUUCCCUGACAAGGAAAAUGAACCUGAAUUAAUACUAUUAAACGAGGUUGGUUACCUUUGGUCUACUACGCAUGGGUACUAUCAAAAGCAAGGUGACGCAUACACGUAUAGGCACUUAAAAGGUGGAAUCAGCAUAGAAUUCGUCCGGGGCAACCAAUUCUACGAUGAGGAAUCACCCACAAUUGACAUAUUGACUAAAAUAGAGGACGAUGACAUGGUCGAUGAUCACUCACACCGAAAAAUGGAUAAUCACGCCGCAGAUUGCCAUAUUGAAUCUGACGAAGACUCCGAAGAUGGCCAAUGUCCAACUCCAGUUACAGACGGAUACGGUGAGAGUCCAUCUAAUAAUAUUAGGACAAAAAGAGCUCAACCUGCAAGAGUCGAUAAUCAACCUAUUGAGAAUGUUACACAGUGUCAUGGACUUCCACGUCAACAGACUCAGGGGGGAAACCUAGCAGGGGCUGAAGGCGAAAACGUAGUAGGAACUCAGCGUGAAAAGCUAUUACAAACUAAAGUACUACAUACACAAACAAAAGAGUGCCCAUAUCAUGGGAAGGCAAAAGAAGUUCCACAUGAACCUGAGAUAGUGCCAAAGGCGUUGAUCGUUAGAAGAGAAGCUGCACGCAAGAGUGAGGAGACGCCCGUGAAGCACCCUGGGACAGUGAAUGCCAAGACCAGAAUGUAUCAAAGCACUGGCAGCAUUGGCCAAGAUAUACUUCGCAAAGAGGAGGAGGAAGAGAGGGAUUCAGUGCACAGGAGCGAAAAUCAAAGCGGUGUACUGGAACCAGAUGGUCCAAAGAACACUGACCAACAGCAGGACGGAGUAAACGGUGCAGGUGAUGUGGAGGUCGGCACUUUGCCGGAAAUUCCUUGCAUUGGGCAGGGAGAGGAAGCAGGUCACUACGUUAACACUGGCGUGAAGGGCUUCGACGAGUUCAUGAACGGCGCCAUCGACUACGCCAGGAACCACCCGGGCAUUGUCUCGACUGCUGGUGCCGGAUCCCUGCUGACUUGCGCUGGUGGCGGGUACGGCUUCUUCCAUUGCCGAGAUUCCACACAUGGGUCAUGCAACAGGGACGUGAAUGCUCAUUUUUUCAAUGGAAGCAUGCAAAUUACACGACCCCAUUGCCUCAAGGAUUCCACAAAAUAUUUUUUACAAGCAGCUACAAUGAAGAUUUCAUCCACGUUUAUUUCUUUCUUGGUGCUCUUAUUGGGGUUUAACGUUGGCAAACUUGCCAAAUGCGAGGUCUACCCCGCACUGCCGAAGGUUGACUCGGGGGCAGGUGGCACUGAAGUCGGCAAAUUCGCCAUGUCGGAAUCCGACAUCACGAUUCUGACUGAGAACCGAGACGACCCCAGGUACACUGACGAAAACAAGCACGAGGCCUACACCAUGGAGUCCAAGGGCGGCUACCUCAACUACAUCUUCGCCAAGGGCGCCAGGUGCAGCGGCCUCAAGUGCAAGCGCGAGUCCCUGUGGACCCACUACAGGUACGAGCCAUAUCCACUAUCCAUUGGCGUCGACACCUUAAACAACCUUGUUGUAAUCAUAUUCGAGUACGAAUACUACCUUUUCGUCAGGGACGGCGACAGAUGGGUAAAGCACGUGCGCAACUACAAAAUUAGACCCGAAAGUUUUAUUAAUUUACUAUCACUAUUUCCACUCAAUCCAUUCAAUAUCGUAUACUCAAAUACAUAUUCUCAAUUUAACCCAGCAUGUUCACAAGACCAACCAACAGGUAGUUCAAGAAUAAACACUGUGAAGAACGAUUUGUCAAGCAGCCUAAUGUGUUGUUUGUCUUCAACCAAAGCACAAUUCAACUGA